UCGACAUCGACUUUCUUCUUUAACUUUGAUUUAUGGUUUUGUUCUUGUGCUGAAUGAAGUUAUGUGUUUGUGUAAAUGACUGUGUAACAAAGACUUAUAAUACGAAAUAAAUGAGGCUCGGCAAAGUUUUAUUGUUUAACAUUACUCAUGAGUACGGAAGAGACUCUUUUGAAUCUCGAUUUCGACAAACCAAAUUCAACAAUUACGCCGUCGUUACCCGAUGACGGCGUGGUAUCUUUAUCGAGCAGUUCGGAAGAAAUUUGUUUAGUCCCAGAGGUCGGGUUCGAAGGCAACGUGGAUUCGCCAGGAGUGAAUCGGGAAUCGCAGCCGCUGCUGGGCGGCCGCGGUGACUUCGAGGUUUCCUUCAAUCAUUUUCCAGAUGACCCGCAGUUCAGCGAGCUUGUGUGGCAAGCGGAAGUUGCGAUUGACAAUGGCAUCUUCCCAGAACGGAUAUACCAGGGCUCCAGUGGGUCGUAUUUCGUUAAAAACCCCGGAGGGAAAAUAAUAGGCGUAUUCAAACCAAAAGACGAAGAGCCGUAUGGAAGACUUAAUCCAAAAUGGACGAAGUGGAUGCACAAACUGUGUUGCCCGUGCUGCUUCGGCCGGUCGUGCCUCAUUCCCAACCAGGGCUACCUGUCGGAGGCCGGCGCUAGUCUCGUCGACGCCAAGAUUGGCCUCAAAAUCGUGCCAAAAACUAGGGUGGUGAAACUUGUAUCGGAGACGUUCAACUACUUGCGGAUAGACCGCGAGCGGUCGCGGUUGAAACGCGCCAUCACCGAGCAGUUUCCCAAUCUACGGUUCAACAGGAUGGGUCUGCCGCCAAAGGUUGGCUCGUUCCAAUUGUUCGUAGAAGGCUACAAGGACGCGGACUACUGGCUGCGCAGGUUUGAACAAGACCCGCCGCCACCACACGUUAUGAGAAAAUUCCAGUUACAAUUUGAGAGGCUAGUCGUGUUGGAUUAUAUUAUACGUAACACGGAUCGCGGCAACGACAAUUGGUUAAUAAAGUACGAAGCGCCCGCAUCUAACGACAAUAUACCUAUGCUGGAUCCCAGUGACUGGCAAGCUAACGAGGUGCGUAUAGCGGCCAUAGACAACGGUCUCGCGUUUCCGUUCAAGCAUCCGGACUCAUGGCGAGCUUAUCCCUACCACUGGGCGUGGCUGCCUCAAGCUAAACUACCCUUCAGCCAGGAAACCAAGGAACUAGUUCUUCCAUUGUUGUCAGAUAUGAAUUUUGUACAGGAGCUAUGUGAUGAACUACAUAUAUUAUUUAAACAAGACAAAGGUUUCGAUAAGGGUCUAUUCGAGCGUCAGAUGUCUGUGAUGCGCGGGCAGGUGUUGAACCUGACGCAAGCUCUCAAGGACGGCAAGAGUCCCGUGCAACUAGUGCAGAUGCCCGCCGUCAUUGUCGAGAGGUCCAAAAGUGGUACGACGUCAUCGCGGUUCUUUGACUCGUUCCAGCAGCGAUUCCAGCACAAGUCGCCUUUCUUCUCCUGGUGGUGAAUGAGUGCGCAGGUCUGAACUAUUUUUUAAAACAUCUAUUUCAUUUUUGCAGAUGGGUAAAAAAAGUGUAUGUAUAUGUAUGUAUGUAGAAUAGAAUAUUUGAAAAUUAAAAUAACAAUUCUGGAAUUUUAAGAUUUUGCAUGAGAGUAUUUUGAAAUAAUUGAUUAUGGUUUUAGUUCUGAUUAUUAAAUAGUAAAUAAUGUACUAUUUCUGCCACAAUACAAUCGCUAUGUAAACAAGCUGAAGGAACCGAUAUUUCGUUAUAUAUAUUGAGUAAGGUAAAACGCCCAAUUGUGGACACUUUAAGUGUACA